AUGCCUGUGCGGAAAAAGCAUGGUCCGUACGAUAUCAUCGCUGACGAUGUGUACGACUGCCGAAUUCCACUUCACAACGAACUCGCUUAUCAGCAUGGUAUUCAUUUCGAAGCAAAGUAUGUCGGAAGCAUGGAAAUUCCUAGACCCGGGACGAGAAUCGAAAUUGUGGCGGCAAUGCGGAGAGUUCGGUACGAAUUCAAAGCUCGCGGCAUCAAAAAACGGCCCGUCGACAUCACCGUUUCGGUCGACGGCGUCAAGGUGGUUCUUCAACGGAAGAAACAAAAAGAGAAGGGUCUUUCAUGGGACGAAUCCAAGUUGCUCGUCAUGUUUCAUCCAAUUUACCGGUAUUUCUUUGCCCUCUUUUUCAUGUUUGACAAUUUCGAAAAAAUUUCAGAAUAUUCUACGUGUCACAUGACUCUCAAGAUCUCCAAAUUUUCUCAUACAUUGCUCGAGACGGCGCCAGUAACACAUUUAAGUGCAACGUCUUCAAGUGUUCCAAGAAGGUUUUACUAUCUGAGAUUGAUGGCGAAACCCGGUGGAAAACCGAUCAAGACCAAAUUCGUCACUUGGUCCCGUGACGAAGAUGUCGCUUCGGCAUCCAAUAUUAGCGAUCAACAGCUAGAGAGUCAAGCGAUGCGUGUUGUACGAACGAUUGGACAAGCAUUCGAGGUUUGCCACAAAGUCGCACAAGAUCAGAUGCAAGAAAAACACGAGGACGAAGCAGCGAAAAGCAAGAUAUCGAUGCAAUCCGAAGACGAAGCUGGUCCAAACGCUUUGGAUGUCAUUGAAGAACGAGGCGGCAUGGAAGAAAAUAGCAGGAGCUCGUCGCCGAUGGAACCGCCACCAGUCGGAGGACCACUUUAUGGGAAGCGAUUAUCUCUGGUAAGUAGUGGUGAGAUUGAAACGACUUUCCAACCUCGAAAACCAUCCACGACGAGUUCAUCAGGAGGAACUGCUAUUGAUACAACUGCAAUACCAGAAAACGUGCUAGAAAUUCCCAAUACAUCACAUCCGAUUCUCCAACCAAAAGCUCCGGAACUGGUACCCCAGCUACAGCCCCAACACGCGCUACCGUACCAACAAAAGCCGUCGCAAUCGCUUCUAAAUAUUCAACCACCCCAAUUCAACACGCUUCCUUCUCAAAUGCCAAGCACGCAAACGCUUCCCGGCAUGGCUGAAAAUCCAGGACACUCUCAUAACCCGGUAUGUUCUCUAUCGCUUUAUCUUAACUUUUUUUGCACUUUUGUUAUUGCUUUCUUACAGAGAAUGAUGACGGUGCCGCCUAAUAUGCCGUACCCAUCAGCUACGCUACCGCAUUCUCGAACGUGGGGUCCGCAAAUUCCCUCUUACCCUCAAUCUAUGCAAUCGUUAGAGCAAAAUGUUCCUAUGUAUUAUCCACAAAUGCCGGGUAUGCUUCCUUCCUCUUCCUCGCUUCCAUUUGGACUUUCAUCACCUGUCAUGGUCUCACCGUAUGCAACACUUCAAUUAAACAUGCAAAGUCAACAACUUGAUCAACCCGAUCAUUCGGGCUCACAACUCACUAUGGACCAGUACAAUCAACAACUAAUGAGAUCUCAACUUGAUCAAGCACAACAAUCCGUACAAGUAGCCGGAUGUCAAGUACAGCUUCUUCGAGAUCAGCUCACAUCUGAAACAACGGCAAGGCUAGAAGCGCAGUCGCGAACUCAUCAACUUUUGUCCGCGAAUCGAGAUUUGCUAGAACAAGUGCAAAAUUUGGUGUCUCGAUUACAAAUGUUGGAGACAAAGAUUACUAGCGAGAUUCAUCAUAGCUCGAGUCAGCCUCCCCAACCCCCACCACCGCCUCCACAAGCUUCUUACCAGCCAUCAACCUCUUCCUCGAUGGGAGCUCGAAUGCCUCUUUCUAUAGAUCACAAUGACCCUCGGAUACCGGGAAGCUCCUCCAUCCGACCCAACUAUCCGUACCAAGUACAACCAUUGGCUGAUCUCCGCGCCGGAUCUCUUCCACCAGUCAAAGAAUCGAAAGAACGACGGAAAGAAGAGGGAACACGUACGGAACCGGAGAGUAAUGCAGAAGAUACGACUGAUUACUCAUCGAGUGAUCAGUAUGAGAAAACCUCGAACGUCAUGAGACCGUCUCAUUUCAAUAUCUUGAUGUCAAAUCCAUUGGUGGAUAUUAACGUACCUUCUGGAGCAGCUGUGAGCAGGUUAGAUCAGUUGGAGUUGGGAAUGGACACACAGGGAACUAGUUCUACACCACCGAAAAAGGAGAAGAAACCGUCUACUGGAAUUUUGCGAGGCGAGAACUUUUCAAGGAUGUCAUUCAAUCCAAAACUUGGCCGAGAUAAAGAAAGAGAACAGCAGUUGAUGUUCGAGGACCCGUUGGAAGACGAGACUCCACGAUCAAUACCGCCCAGUCCUCCAACCAAAUCGAAAAAUAUCACAAUCGACUCAUUAUUCAAACCUCAGGAUGAUCCACCAACUUUAGCAGAUCGAGAACCGCAGCAGCUACCGCCACAGCCAACACAGCCAACACAGUUUGCAAGGAAGAAUACGACUGUAAAUCUGUUGCUGCCAUCGACAACGGCUACAAUGCCAGCUAGCUCGUCCCUGGUAACCGCAAUGUACCCACCAAUGCGACAACCAGCCGUUCCAGUUAAUAAGAUCCAACCCAGGGUAGAUGUUUUCCGUAAAAAGACACUGAAAACCUUGUCAAUGGAUAUUGCCGAAGAGCCAGGACCGAGUGAUAGUGAUGCUAAUAGGAACAAUAUACCAAGCUCCACAAAUAGUUCGAUGAAACGAAAAGGGUUCUUGCAGCCACCACCAAAUGUGGAUGUGGAAAUUAAAGAGAUUGAGGAUUAUAUAAAUCGAAAUGUGGAUCGAUCGAAACUACCUGAAACUUCCCUUCUAACACGACUCACUCGUCAAGCACAAGGAGACAAUUCACUUGGCAACUUGCCAAAUGGAUAUCCUCAAUGA